AUGGAGGGCCUUUACAUCAAUGUUGCUGCUCCCAUGGUUAGUAGUGGCGGCGUGGGGGACCGAGCGCCCACGGAGAUGGCGCCGCUAUUCCCCGGGUGCGACUACAUGCCCUGGCUGAUCGUCAUAGACAAGCCCACUGGCGAGGGGCCCUCCGAGAACCAGGUGAUCGGUUGCUACAUCCGUACCCUCGCUAAGGUCCUCGGAAGUGACGAAGAGGCCAAAAAGAAGAUUUAUAAUGUCUCGUUUGAGAGCAACUUAGGGUUUAGGUGUGAGGUUAACGAGGAUAUAUCCAACAAUCUUGAAGGGAUUCCUAGUGUUCUCUUUAUGCUCCCAGAUUCCUAUGUUGACCCUGAACACAAGGAGUAUGCAGUACUUGUAGUACAAGAGUAUAUCCUUCCACUUUAG